CUUCGAAAACUUCCGCUCCGCCAUGAAUACCUCCCCUCCGUCCUUCCUCAAGUCCGUCGAGCUUCGCCUCCUCCGGUGCACCUUAUCCCAACCAAACUGUCCUCCUCCUCCCUCCUCUCCGCCUCAGCCUCAGCCUCAGCCUCACGCCCUCCGUCCGCAAGUCGAAUCCCUCGUCGAUGCCAUCGAGCAGGGUCGCUUCGCCGACGCGUUCUCCUCCGACGCCACUCGUCUCGUCUUUGGCUUCUCGGAGUCCUGGGAAUUCGAGAAUUCCCAUAACUGCGCCGCCCGGUUUUACGGCGAGGUCGAGCGGGCCGCGGACGCAUUCCUUAGUGAUGCUGGAUCGGCUGCCUGGCUCCAGGUGCUCGACGCUGAGUCCGACUCGGAUGUGGACGCGGAGGGUAGGUGCGGUUUGCUGAUGUGCCUUGGCGUUGCUGCACUUCUCGCUUUUACGCAGCAGAACGUUACCGGGCCUAUUCGAGAAUUUUCUCCGUUCCCUCUACGAUUUCCUCAGUCGGAGGAGGGGCGUAAGGAUGGCGGAGGCGAGUGGGACGCUUGGGCACGUAACCAAUUGGCUUCUGUUGGCUCUGACGUGCAGGGAAAAUUUUCACUGCUGCAGUAUUUUAUCUAUGCAAGGAUCUUGUUCAUGAAGAUAAAGGAAGUGGUCCUUGAGAGAAGAACAUCUUGUAUAAAUGGUUGUCAAACUUUAUAUUGGUGGCUAAGUAGGCUUUUACUUCUUCAGCAAAGGAUCUUAGAGGAAUCAUCUUCUUCUCUAUACAAUUCACUGCUAUUACUGAAAGCUUGCAUAUUGGAGCAGUUUGGAGAUUUUGGAAAUGUUGCCGGUUACUGGGGUAGUAUGUUACUCGAGGGGGAAGCUUUAUCUAUUGUAUCACUUGCUCACUUAGAAACAGGAAUCAUUGAACAUAAAUAUGGCCGAGUUGAUUCUUCCAGGUCACAUCUGGAACGUGCUGAAGAAGCUUGUGGCUUGCAUCUUGUUGUAACUGGUGCUCUUGGUUUCCGGACAAUAUACCAGGUGGAUGCAAAGCCUCAGUUGAUACUUGCUGCAAACAAACAUGAAGAGAGCCAUGCUCAGAUUCAGAAUCACAGUUCAGGUUCUGAAAGUAAAGAUUGUGAUGACCGAGGAUUUAAUGAUUGUUCUGAUAUACUAAUGAUUCCAAACUUAGUAGAAAAUGGAACCUAUGAGAAUCCCAAUGGGAAUUUCACUCACAUUAACAAGGAUAUUAAUUUGACAUCUAUUCAGCAAGCUGUUAUACUUGCACAAUGCUUACAUCUCCAGAGGAGAAGUCGGGAUGACGAAUUAUCAGGGUGGGAAAUGGCCCCAUACAUUGAAGCCAUUCAUUCUCAACAUCAGGUGUGCUACACUAUCAGUAGCUUCUGUGAUAUUCUGCGCAUUCGGUGGGAGUCUACUCGAAGUCGGACAAAACAGCGGGCUUUGAUGAUGAUGGAUAAGUUGGUUGAAGCUAUCCAUGAUGCUUCUUCUCUAGCUCCUGCACAAGCGACUCAGUUAUGUUUUGGGGUACUUGUUCCAACUAUUCCUGCAUUAAGGAAAGAAUAUGGUGAGAUGAUGGUUAGCUGUGGUUUAACUGGAGAGGCACUAAAAGUAUUCGAGGAUCUUGAAUUAUGGGAUAAUCUAAUUUAUUGCUAUCAAUUAUUAGGGAAAAAGACAGCAGCUGUUGAUCUUAUCAAGGCACGUCUAGAUCACAUGCCUAAUGAUCCAAGACUAUGGUGUUCACUUGGUGAUGUGUUAAUCACUGAUGCUUAUUAUGAAAAAGCUUUGGAAGUUUCAAAUAAUAGAUCAGUCCGGGCAAAGAGAUCACUUGCACGAAGUGCAUACAAUAAAGGUGACUACGAGAGAUCUAAAACUUUUUGGGAAUCUGCCUUGGCACAAAAUUCAUUGUAUCCUGAUGGUUGGUUUGCACUCGGAGCAGCUGCACUCAAGGCUCGAGAUAUUGAUAAAGCGCUGGAUGCAUUUACUCGAGCUGUUCAGAUAGAUCCUGAUAAUGGAGAGGCUUGGAACAAUGUAGCUUGCUUGCAUAUGGUCAAGAAGAAAAGUAAAGCUGCAUUUAUUGCUUUUAAAGAAGCCUUGAAGUUCAAGAGAAAUAGUUGGCAACUAUGGGAGAACUUCAGCUAUGUUGCUCUUGAUAUUGGAAAUAUUCGCCAGGCACUAGAAGCCAUUAAGAUGGUACUUGAUUUGUCAACCAAUAAGCGGGUGGACAUUGAAUUGCUGGAUAAGAUAUUGCGGAAGUUUGAAGAUCAAGAAGGCAACUCAAACUCUGAUCUCAGUUCAAGUGAUGUUCAAGAUGUUUCUAAUAAUCCUGAAGAAUUAAAUCCUGAUUAUUCUUUAGCUGAGCUUCCCAAGUCAGAAGCAAUCAGUGGUGAGCCACGUGAAACUGAGUUCUUGUUGGAUAUGCUUGGCAACAUAAUGCAGCAGAUCGUGCGAAGUGGCGGUCCACCGGAUACAUGGGGUCUAUAUGCAAGGUGGCACAGGCUCAAAGGCAACCUCCUCAUGUCUUCUGAAGCCCUUCUUAAACAUGUUAGAUCUUUCCAGGGUUCAGAGCUUUGGCAUGAUAGGGACAGGUUUAAAAAAUUUGCUCAUGCUUCCUUGCAAUUGUGCAAAGCUUAUAUGGAGAUUGCUUCCUCCAAUGGCAAUCGCCGAGAACUCUUUGCAGCUGAAAUGCAUUUACGAAGUGCAAUUAACCAGGCAUCAAAUUUCUCGGACACUGAUGAGUAUAGGGAUCUCAAAGCCUGUCUUGACGAAGUAAAACAUCAGAUAGAUGUUAUUUCUGGUUAAGAACGAAGAUAGGUUGAAGUAGAUUGUGUUGUGAUAAGAAUCUGGUGAACCUGCAAGCUUCGAUAACCAUCCAUAAUUGCUGUCGGAGAUAUAUGCGACUCAUAAUUUGACGAGAAAGGUGAGUGUCUACUGGACAACCAAUCUGGCAACACGCUUAUUGUAUCUGAACUUUGUCGAGCUUGACUUUGCUGCAACUCCAACUCCAAAUUCAUGACUUCUGAAGUUCAGGGAGGUGCUUGGACAGAUGCUUCACAAGGUUUUUUGUGACUAUAUUGGGCAUGGAUUCUCCAGUAUAGUAUGGUAAAGGGUCCAUUUUCUUAUGUUAUGGAAUAAGUAGAAUUUUGUUUCUUCAAGUUAUACUUAUUUAACUUAUGUCUAUUUAUUAAAUUUAUUGUCAAUAUUUGGGAGAAAUCCCAAAGGAGGAUUGUUAUCUUUUGAUCUUGAUCCUUUUACCUCUUUCUUGGCUUAGUUUCUUUAGCACCAAGC